GGGCGUCACGUCCGUGCGCGGCGCUCGGGGUUGGCGGGCGGGCGGAAGCGCGGGCGGGGCGGCGCCGUUGCCGCAGUGACGGAGCCGGGAGGGGCGGAGCGGCGCGAAGAUGGCGGCGGUGCCGCCGCGUCGCUCCCAGCACCACCAUCACCACCACCACCCGCCGCCCGGCCCGGCCUCCCCGCCGCCCGCCGCCGCCUCGCCGCCGCGCAGCCCCAGCCUGGCACCGGCCGCGCAGCGCCACAGCCUGGCCGGCCCCGAGGGCGAGGCGCCCCCCGACGCGGACCGGCCCCCGGCCGCGGAGUGCGCGGAGGGUUCGGGCGCCGCCGCGCCGGCCCCGCCGCCGGGCUCGGGCAGCAGCUCCAGCGGCUCUUCCUCGUCCUCCUCCUCCUCGUCCGCGUCGUCGUCGGCGGCGUCGAGCCCGGCGGCGGAGAGUCCCGAAGCGGCGGGCCCGGGCGCGGCGAGCGGGGCGUUCCGCGAGCUGCUGGAGGCCUGCAGGAAUGGGGACGUGACGCGCGUGAAGCGCCUGGUGGACACGGGCAACGUGAACGCCAAGGACAUGGCGGGGCGCAAGUCCACGCCGCUCCACUUCGCCGCCGGUUUUGGAAGGAAGGAUGUUGUUGAGCACUUGCUGCAGACAGGAGCCAAUGUUCAUGCUCGUGACGACGGAGGACUGAUACCCCUGCACAAUGCCUGCUCCUUUGGUCAUGCAGAAGUGGUCAGUCUGCUGCUGUGUCAGGGGGCAGACCCAAACGCUAGGGACAACUGGAACUACACUCCUUUGCAUGAGGCUGCUAUCAAGGGGAAAAUAGAUGUGUGUAUUGUGCUGCUGCAGCACGGAGCUGAUCCAAACAUUCGGAACACCGAUGGGAAAUCUGCACUGGAUCUGGCAGACCCUUCAGCAAAAGCUGUACUCACGGGUGAAUACAAGAAGGACGAACUCCUGGAAGCUGCUAGGAGUGGUAAUGAAGAAAAGCUGAUGGCUUUAUUGACUCCUCUAAAUGUGAACUGCCAUGCAAGUGAUGGGCGUAAGUCCACUCCUUUACACCUAGCAGCUGGCUACAACAGAGUUCGGAUAGUCCAGCUUCUGCUUCAGCAUGGUGCAGAUGUACAUGCAAAGGACAAAGGUGGUCUUGUGCCUCUUCAUAAUGCAUGUUCUUAUGGACACUAUGAGGUUACAGAGCUGCUGCUUAAGCAUGGUGCCUGUGUGAAUGCUAUGGACCUCUGGCAAUUCACCCCGUUGCAUGAGGCUGCUUCCAAGAACCGUGUGGAGGUCUGCUCCCUCCUGCUGAGCCACGGCGCCGAUCCCACCUUGGUCAACUGCCACGGCAAGAGCGCAGUUGACAUGGCUCCAACACCUGAGCUCAGGGAGAGACUGACCUAUGAAUUCAAAGGACACUCUCUACUGCAAGCAGCCAGAGAGGCAGACCUAGCCAAAGUGAAAAAGACACUUGCUUUGGAGAUCAUUAAUUUUAAGCAGCCACAGUCACAUGAGACUGCACUGCACUGUGCUGUGGCUGCUGUGCAUCCGAAGAGGAAACAAGUUACAGAACUGUUGCUCAGGAAAGGAGCAAAUGUAAACGAGAAAAACAAAGAUUUCAUGACACCUUUACAUGUUGCCGCUGAAAAAGCUCAUAAUGAUGUCAUGGAAGUUCUGCAUAAACAUGGAGCAAAGAUGAAUGCACUGGACACCCUUGGUCAAACAGCGUUGCACAGGGCUGCAUUAGCAGGGCACUUGCAAACCUGCCGGCUGCUGCUGAGUUAUGGCUCUGAUCCCUCCAUCAUCUCUUUGCAAGGCUUCACAGCAGCACAGAUGGGAAAUGAAGCAGUGCAACAGAUCUUAAGUGAAAGUACACCUGUGCGCACAUCCGAUGUGGAUUAUCGGUUGUUGGAAGCAUCCAAAGCUGGAGACUUGGAAACUGUGAAGCAACUUUGCAGCCCUCAGAAUGUGAAUUGCAGAGAUCUGGAAGGCCGUCAUUCAACACCACUGCACUUUGCUGCAGGAUAUAACCGCGUAUCAGUGGUGGAGUAUCUCUUGCACCAUGGAGCAGAUGUGCAUGCCAAAGAUAAAGGUGGCUUAGUACCCCUGCACAAUGCCUGUUCUUACGGACACUACGAAGUGGCUGAACUCUUAGUGAGGCAUGGUGCUUCUGUCAACGUGGCAGACCUGUGGAAAUUCACUCCUCUACAUGAAGCAGCAGCAAAAGGAAAAUAUGAAAUCUGCAAACUGCUUUUAAAACACGGAGCUGAUCCAACAAAAAAGAAUCGAGAUGGGAACACUCCUCUAGAUUUGGUGAAAGAAGGGGACACAGAUAUUCAGGACUUACUGAGAGGAGACGCUGCCUUGCUAGAUGCUGCCAAGAAGGGGUGCCUGGCACGAGUGCAGAAGCUGUGUACUCAAGAAAAUAUCAAUUGCAGAGACACCCAGGGAAGAAAUUCAACACCACUGCAUCUUGCAGCUGGUUACAACAAUUUGGAGGUAGCUGAAUACCUUCUUGAGCAUGGUGCUGAUGUUAAUGCCCAGGACAAAGGAGGAUUGAUUCCCCUACACAAUGCAGCAUCCUAUGGGCAUGUGGACAUAGCAGCACUGUUGAUCAAAUAUAAUACCUGUGUAAAUGCAACAGAUAAAUGGGCAUUCACACCUUUGCAUGAAGCUGCACAAAAAGGAAGGACACAGCUCUGUGCUCUGCUGUUAGCUCAUGGAGCAGAUCCAACCAUGAAGAACCAAGAGGGUCAGACACCACUAGACCUGGCAACAGCUGAUGAUAUCCGAGCUUUGCUGAUAGAUGCGAUGCCCCCAGAAGCUUUGCCUACGUGCUUCAAGCCUCAAGCUACUGUUGUUAGUGCCUCUGUGAUCUCGCCAGCAUCUACACCAUCCUGCCUGUCUGCUGCCAGCAGCAUAGAUAACCUCACAGGGCCACUGGCAGAACUGGCCGUAGGAGGGGCAUCAAAUGCUGGAGACGGAGCAGCAGGAGCUGACAGGAAGGAAGGAGAAGUUUCUGGUCUUGACAUGAACAUUACCCAGUUCCUGAAAAGCCUAGGUCUUGAACAUCUUCGGGACAUCUUUGAGACAGAACAGAUAACCCUGGAUGUGUUGGCUGACAUGGGGCAUGAGGAGCUUAAAGAAAUUGGGAUCAAUGCGUAUGGACACCGCCACAAAUUAAUAAAGGGUGUGGAAAGACUUCUAGGAGGUCAGCAAGGUACCAAUCCUUAUUUGACUUUCCACUGUGUGAGUCAGGGGACCAUUCUCCUUGACCUUGCUCCUGAUGAUAAGGAGUAUCAGUCUGUAGAAGAGGAGAUGCAAAGUACAAUCCGGGAGCAUCGGGAUGGUGGAAAUGCUGGUGGGAUCUUCAACAGAUACAAUGUCAUCAGGAUUCAAAAGGUAGUGAACAAGAAGUUGCGGGAGAGAUUCUGUCACAGACAGAAGGAGGUCUCAGAGGAGAAUCAUAAUCAUCACAAUGAGCGCAUGUUGUUUCACGGGUCUCCUUUUAUUAAUGCUAUCAUUCACAAAGGAUUUGAUGAAAGGCAUGCAUACAUUGGAGGGAUGUUUGGAGCUGGAAUUUACUUCGCUGAGAACUCCUCAAAAAGCAACCAAUAUGUCUACGGAAUAGGGGGAGGAACUGGCUGUCCCACACACAAAGACAGGUCCUGUUACAUCUGCCACAGACAAAUGCUCUUCUGUAGAGUGACCCUUGGAAAAUCCUUUCUUCAGUUCAGCACAAUGAAAAUGGCUCAUGCCCCUCCGGGGCACCAUUCUGUUAUCGGCAGGCCAAGUGUGAACGGACUUGCUUACGCUGAGUAUGUUAUCUACAGAGGAGAACAGGCAUACCCAGAAUAUCUCAUUACAUACCAGAUUGUGAAACCAGAAGCUCCAUCACAGACAGCAACAGCAGCAGAACAAAAGACCUAGUAGCUUCAGAGCAGUGGAGAAGGAUGUGACUUCAAUCCUGGACUGGAUGGAUACGUGUUUCUGAAAAUCAGUAUCACAUAAAAUUCUUAACAACCUGGAAAUAAGCUGUAUGUCUUUUAUAAAGUAUUGCUGUCUUGAUGAAUAUAUGAGUAACUCUUGCAUACUCAACUGCUACUGUUCCUCUUGAGGAAAGUUUACAAGGGACUGCCUUUUAAUAACAUAUCUCAGGCUCCUAGUCUCUGCAGUUACCGUGUGUAAAAUAAUAUUGUUUUGAUCUAGACCUUUGGGAACAUUAUUGUGCAAAUGGAAAUCUUUAUUGGUGCCAUCUCACAUGUUAAAAUUUCAGACACUACUUUUCUAGUUAUUUUAUUUGCAGAUAAAUUGCAUUAAGCCCAUCAUUUUCUUUUCAGCAUACACCAUUCAUUUCCUGUUUCAAAGAGAUCCUAUUUAUUCUCCUUUUGUACUCUGAAGAUGAGCCGGAACCUUCUUGAAGAUAUUUUGCACAAAGUCAAGUCGACUAAAAUCGUUAACAAUGCAAUAUAAAUUUCAUCUGAGGAGGGGCUAGGUCAAGUUCUUCAGUAUAGGGGUUUUUUUUCACACUUCUGAGCAAACAAUAGCAUGAGUGAGUGUAACUUUAGAGUGGAAACAAGUGAUGUCAGUUUGCUGCCUUGUCUGUGUGAGUUUUCUGGGGGAAGCCCUGGGAAGUGUUUGCAAGGGUAAAACCAGCUCUUGUGCUUAGAAAAACAUUAUGAAACCAGUCCAUGCCCUCUGCUGGCAUCUCUAAAAGAACAUUUUAUAAGGCUCCUGUUACGUGCAUGCAGCUUGUGAAAUGUUCUGCGGUUACAGCAGUGUAUGGUUUUGCUGGGAGAAGCAGGUGAAAAGUCAGAAGAUUUCAUACAGGAGGGGCGUAUCUGGUUCAUGUCCCUAUGUAAGAUGAGACCCAGUAAAUGGGUUUCAGGCUGGUAAGGGAGAGUGUAUUACAGCAGUUGCCUGUCACAUCUUUGUGUGUGACAUCACAGUAGAAGAGCUUAAGGGAUUUACAAAAGUAAUAAUUUUUUUAAAUAUCGAUUUUACAUUUUGAUGAGAAUAAAAUUUUAAAGUAUCAGUUGGCAAGUGGAUUUGUUUGCAGGUAUACCAGAGAACAAAGUUAGGAUUUAUUCACUUAAUACCCUUCUUCCCAAAUUCCCAGGUUUAUUUUGCUGGGUAGGAAAAAGUUAUUUUUAAGCAUUGCAUAGCACAGCAUCAAACAGUUUCAAAAGUCCCCCUCAUGGUGGAUAUGGAUUUAAUAAAAGUAGAAACUGUUUCUUUUUUGUGGUGUUUUACAGUUUCAGAGAAGGUUGAAGAUCAAGACCUGUUAAUUUUUUUCCUAACAACCAAUAUCAGGAGAUGUGCUUCAGUGUUGACCAUGUAACAACUGGAGGAAAAAAAAGUUCCUUUGGACACAACACAUUGUACAUUUCCCUAUCAACCAGCACUGUUUAGUAUCUGAUGAUCCAGUUCAUGCAUUCAGGUUUUAUCCCCCUUAAAGCAAGAAAGCAACAGAAUAGUGUGCUCUUAGUUGAUAAGAAUAUACGUGCUCCCCAUAAGCGGGAUUUUGCUAACAUGUUUGUAUAAAACAGACUUAAUCCUGAAGAGCGUUUCACUUUCAGCAUUAAGACACAAUUUUUAUUUUUAACGUUAAGGAUUAAUGUUGAAGCAAGUCAUCCUCACAAGAAAUGUCACCCACUGUAAAAUCAGUCAUUUGAUGCAAUAUGGCUACCUGAACAUCAUCUGUUUGUAAUAUCUCUGAAGGAAACCUUAGAAAUAGCAAUACUCCAACAGAACUUGAACUCUGAGUUUUACUUAUCUUGAGCUGACAGUGGAUAUAUGGUUCUCGCUUCAUUUUGUGACCUGAUUAAAUAUGUAGCUUUGAAGUCCCAGCGAGGCUCUAGCCUAGUUGUCCUUUUAAACAAGUUUCAUUGAUAAAAUUGGGUGCUUGUAUUUUUGGCUACUUGUUUCAUAGUGUUAGGAUUGCAAAGAUCACCACUAGGCUUUGAAGCUUUGUAUUCACCAUUUAAGUUUGGGGUUUGUUUUUCAUUUAGUUCAUAAUGGAGUGGGGGGAUGUGCCUAUCUGCACUAGGGUUUCAGACUGCGACCAGAGCGAGUGCUGUUCUCCAUCCCCAGUUAGACAUAGUUUUAAAUGGUGAAACAGCUGUGCUGCUUAAGUGAGAAAAAUGGUUAAUGUGGGUGUGAAAGUUAAAAGCUUUACAUCUUUCAAAAACAAGAACAAAUCUAAAAUGUAAAACCCCACCAAGCCCACACCGGAUGCUGUUCUUGCUUGUUGUUUCCUAUGUGCUGGUUGAACUAAUGGCUAGUCUGGAUUUCUUUUACAGCCUGAAACGUCUAGAGGAUAAAAAUACCCUGGAGGAGACUGAGGGGAGACCUCAUUAGGGUCUUCAACAUCCUCACAAGAGGAAGUGGAGGGUUGGUACCAAUGUCUUCACUCUGUGACCGGUAACAAGAGUGGAGGAAGCAGCAUAAAGCUGAGUCAGGGGAGGAUUAGGUUGGAUAUUAGGAGAAAGGAUUUUCACCCAGAGGGUGGUUGGGCACUGGAACAGGCUCCCCAGGGAAGUGGUCACAGCACCAAGCCUGACAGAGUUCAAGAAGCCUUUGGACAAUGCUCUCAGGCACCUCGUGUGACUCUUGGGCUGUCCUGUGCAGAGCCAGGAGUUGGAAUCAUUGGUCCUUAUGGGUCCCUUCCAACUCAGCAUAUUCUGUGAAUCUACUUUCCAGUAUCUUUGAACUGCCAGUGUUAAUGUUUCUGAUGUUCUGUGCAGAGUAAAGGUGCUGUGUGAGGAAAUAAUUUUGCAGUGUUUUUUGUCUCGUAAUGACGUAAUCUCAUAUCCGUUUGUGGCCAGACACAGAGGAAUACCCAGGCCUGAUGAUGCAUCUGUGUGUUGUAGACACCUGUGCAGGAGUAGCAUAUGUUGUCAUAGUUCCUCUUACAGUUCAAAACAAAGUGAGGAUCUGCCCAUCAAUAUCAAAGUUACCUGUGAAAAACCCGGUUGUGGUUGUGGUGGUAGAGCUGCAUUUGGCAGGCCGUUAACGGUACAGACGCUGCUGCUUUAGCUGGGGGAGUUAACUACAAUGGGACCUUAAAAAUGCCAUGACCCCAUAACCAGGCAGUUGCUGCCUCUUGAGAAAUGAAGCCUUUGACCUCCUGAGAAGAGCAGUCCCCUGAUACUGGGAUGCUCAUUUACAGUAUCGGAUCACCAGUGGGGGGCACAUUAGGAGCUGACAUAAAAACAGUGGGCUAAGCCCUCAUAGGCUUGGGAGACCAGGGACAGAACUUGGUGUCUGCUGGCACAAGGGACAAUGUGUCUCUCAGGCCUGUUGAUUUUUGUCAGUGUCCCUUCGAGGCAGCAUUUUGAAACUUCUUUGUAGUUUUGCAACAGGACCUUAAUAGGCAAAACAGAAAGAAAAGUCACCAUCUGACAAAGGAGGGAGGGUUCUGCUCUCCAUUGCUGAAACUGUUUCCAUGAGACUGAUGGCUUAGAUACCUGGUGCAGAGUGAAACUGCAGUCUGAUUGCUGUCAACAAAACUUCUGUUAGGAUUAAAAGCAGACAGUACAGUACCUUAAUAAGGUAUAUUUUAUGUUCUCGUUCUUAUUUUUAUCUACCAGUUGUGUUUGAUCCCAGCUCCACAGAGACUGUUACAAACCUCUUAUACUAGCUCCACCAUCUUGCAGUCACUAUUGAUUUUCUAACCUGUUUCGAGUGGUUUGCGUGUGAUGCAAUUGAAUCCCACUGCAUUAUGUAGCAGAAAUUUAUUUUGCCUGCAAACUUAAACUUUGCUUGUCUGUUAUGGGAGUACCCCAAAAGAAAAUUCUACACUGAAGCAAAGAGAAAACCCUGCAAAAUGUUCUGCACUGUUUGCUUUGGUGGGCAAAGACACAGAAAAGGCAUCUGGUAUAUGGGAGGGAGCAACUCCUGGAGAAGGGCAUGUUCUUGGUUCUGGAAACCAGCUGUUCCUGCUGUUUGUUGUAGGUUAGAGGAGGUGUCUGCUCCCUGUGAAUGUGUCAGGUGAUGAGGGAUGCAAACAUGUUGUGCCACUGCGUGGCCUGUGAGAGCUACUAAAGACAGUGGCAAAUCUCAGAAAAGCCUCCUGCAUCCCUGCAAUGACAUCAGAGUUUCUGCACUGCCUGCAAUUUCCAUAUGGGACUAUUAACCAAAAUUGUCCUGAACAGGAUUUUUCAAGGUGGGUAAAAGGAAGGGUCCAGCCACAAAACAGAUUAGUUUUGCUAGUUGCUGAUCAUUCUCAGAAACUGAAUGUCAGAAAAUGUGUGAAUUUAUUUUCAGUGGUAUUUCUCUGUUUCCAUGCUGCUUUGCCACAGAAAGUCUAGCUCAGAAAUCUAAAAGGACGUGCAUCUAAUGCAUGCUUCAGUUAUGCUAAGCUGAAUAUUUGUGCAGGAUUGUAAGCUAUGCUGCAGCCCCCAUAGGGAAGACCUGGGAAAGCACAUAUUCAGUUCUCAUGUAGCAAGGGGCUUGUGAGCCUCCAGAGACUUGAAUCCAUUGGUGAUCAGAGGUGGUGGCUUGGCACAGACAUGUUCUCCUGGUCUUUCUGAGAGUGGUGGGACAGAUGUACAGAGGGGGAAUGGCAGUGUUCCCACCUCUGAACAGAGUCAAUGUGAAACCCAAAGGAUUGGGGAACACAGUAUGUGUUAAAAUCUCUGAAGCAAGGUGAAUGAGCUUGGGAGUCUGUAGAGGACAUGGGAAGCAGAUGCAUUUCCAUUACACUGACACAUAUGCCUGUCAAGUCACAUUAUCUGACUGGGUUUGAUGUAUCGGUCUUGCUGAACCUGUUGGUGGCAAAUUUUAGUGCUGGUCCCAUUAGUUACUAAUGUAGAUUAUUAGAAUCUCUGUUGUUACAAGAUAAUUUUGACACUUUCUUAACAUCUGCAGAACUUGCUUCAGCUUUGGAAAUUGAAACAGGGAUUUUCUGUGCUGCAGUCCCAUGAGCUUGUGCUUUGUCAUUCCUAAUUGCUUUCUCUGGCAACCCAGAUGGCAAUGCAGCUGGGGGUUGAAUUUCUAGACCUUUUUUUGUGUAACUUGUUUUCAUAACUAGCCCUGUAUGUGUCCUCUCUUGGUUGCCAAUUACCUGGAGCUGGGAUAUCAUUUAUUUAUUUCUUCUUUUACCUUCUCUCUCAAAGUUGAAGACGAUGGGCAGUUUCUCAGCCUACCUACAUGGUGGACUUUAGGUAACAUCUCUGUAACAACUGAGUUUGAUCUAUUAAUGUGCUUGGCUAAAUGUCUGAUCUGCAAUACUUGUAAUAGUUUAAAAGUCAAUAAAUACAUUUUUAACAGUU